CGUAGCAGCAAACAGCAACAGCAACAGCAUGGCGUGCAAGUUGAUCAUUCUGUCCGCGGUGGCGGCCAUCGCAUGCGCCGGCUACUUGGGCGCCCCCGCCGUCUACGCUCCCGGUGCACCUCUGGCUGCCCGAGGAUACGCCGCCCCCGCCUACGCCGCCCCCAUCGCCCGCUACGCCGCCCCCGUCGCCAGGGCCUACGCCCCAGCUGUCGCUGCUGCCCCCGCCGCCGUCGAGUACGACCCGCACCCACAGUACAGCUUCGCGUACAACGUGCAGGACGCCCACACUGGAGACUCGAAAGCCCAGCACGAGAGUCGCAGCGGAGACGUCGUCCAGGGCAGCUACAGCCUGGCCGAACCCGAUGGCUCCAUCCGCGUUGUCGACUACACGGCUGACCCCGUCAACGGCUUCAACGCCGUCGUGCACAAGGAGGCCGGCGCCCACCCCGCCGUAGCCGCCCCCGUGGCCGUCGCCCACGCCCCCGUGGCCGUCGCCGCUCCCGCCAGGGCUUACGCCGCUCCCAUCGCCAGGGCAGCCUACGCCGCCCCCCUCGCUAGGGCCGCCUAUGCCCCCGCCCUGGCCUACGGCGGUGCUUACCAUGGUUAACGACUGACAUGGACCAACCAACCUCUCAUUCUCAUUUUGUACAAAUUUUGUAUCCACUA